UUGCGCGCAGCGACAUCCCCAGCAGGGAGACUCGGCUACCACUACAACUAACUAUAUAACUAUAUAAUUACAACAACAAACGCAACUACAAACACUUGCGGGAUCUAACAGACGGCACUGCCUGUCACCCAGCCGCUAUCGCUCGACGACGGAUCAUCACAUCAGUCAGUGUGCAGUGUAUCAGCGGCAUCAGCGGCGUCAAAUUUCGCACACACACACACACAAUCGAGCAUGUAUGCAGUUGAAUAGUAUAGACUAGGCCAGCUGUAGGCUGCUCAAACAUACCCCAGCAGUUGGACGAUGCGCACGGACUAGCGCCUGUGAGAAACCGAAAAAAAAGAAAGUUUUAAAUAAUUUUAUGUGCAAAAGUUUGCCACAGCAAAAGGAAGUGCAGCGCUUAGUGAGCAUUUUCAAACGCGCUAUCGCUGCGGAUUUGUGUUUAAUCGAAAAUUCAGCACAAAAGUGUUAAGCGCGUUAAGAAAAUUUUUCGUUUAUUUUUUGGCAUUUUUUUCUUUUUUGCGCUCAACCUCAUCUCGACGCUUUAUGUGAUUUUCUUGCGAAACACGCGCACAAAACUUUUAACUUAAACGCGUCAAGCACGCAUUGAGCUUGCAAACUGACAUUUUUCACGCUGCGCGCCUUUCAAUACAUUUGUCUGUGUGUGUGUGUAGACGUAUCCUGAUGUGUAGGCUACACCGACUUGCUCGUAACUGCCGCGUGUGAGCCAAUAAGCUGCUGCUACUUAACGCAAACCAACUCAAAAAUAUCCAAUAUUGAGCUGACAAUUUCGUGGUAAAGACAUUCGCAAAUAAAUUCGUUCACGUUCAUUUUAGUCGCGUUCUUCGCCGCAAACCACUGUGUCUACUUAAAUAUACGUACAUACAUAUAAGUUCAGCAUCUUCACGCCGCUUUGCACUUCUUCACUUGCUUCUAUGUACAUUUGACCCUUACUGUGUCGAGUGCAAGAGACGUGCCUUACUUACGCCUCCUCCUGCUGCGCUACAUACUCAUAUCUAUCGACUUGCCUCCCGUGCAAUUGCUUGGAUUCAAAUACUUUUACUACUCCUGCUUUUGGUGUACAUCCGUUGUGACAAGAUGCAUUCGCCUGUCACCAAAGUGACUGGUUUCAUUGCCCUGAUGAUUGUGCAAAUAAUUCUACUUGCACUCUUCUGGUUGUUCGUGCGUUAUAGUGAUGGAGCUUUACCAAGCGAUGAAGGCCGAGGAUUAGGCGAAGAACACGUUUCCAAAUAUCCGCAUUUCCAAGAUGUGCAAGUGAUGAUCUACAUUGGCUUUGGCUUUUUGAUGACUUUUCUGCGCAAGUAUGGCUACAGUGCUACUGGUUACACACUAUUUUUGGCCGCACUGGUGGUGCAGUGGUCGAUUUUGGUGAAAGGAUUCUUCCAUAUGGAGGAUGGCAAAAUAAGUUUAUCGCUGGAGAGCAUCGUCGAUGCUGAUAUCGCUGCCGCUGUGCCUUUGAUUAGCAUGGGUGCUCUAUUGGGUCGUACCACACCGAUUCAGUUGCUAUUCAUGGCCAUCGUUGAGAUUGUUCUUUUUGCCGCUAACGAAUAUGUCGCUUUGAAUAUUUUCAGUAUCUGUGACGUUGGUGGCUCAAUUACAGUGCACGCCUUCGGUGCUUACUUCGGUCUGGCGGUGAGUCUAAUGUUGCGUCCCGGCAAGGAACAGAACGAGGCAGGCAAAUAUGAAGGAGCCAAUUAUACGUCGGAUAUCUUCGCUAUGGUCGGCACAUUGUUCUUGUAUGUGUAUUGGCCAAGCUUUAACUCGGUGUUGGCCGAUGGCAGUGGCCAAGAGCGUGCCAUACUCAACACGUAUUUAUCAUUAGCAGCGGCAACAGUUACAACAUUCAUUGUGUCAGCACUUGUUAGUCACGAGAAUAAAUUGGAUAUGGUACAUGUGCAGAAUUCAACAUUGGCUGGCGGCGUUGCCAUCGGCACUGUUUGUAAUUUACUAGUUGGAUCGCAUGGCGCUAUAUUAAUUGGCAUCAUUGCCGGUUGCAUUUCAGUGUUGGGCUAUCGCUACCUCUCGCCCCGUAUCACCGACGUGCUGGGCAUACACGACACUUGUGGCGUACACAAUUUACACGGCAUGCCGGCGCUCAUUUCAGCUAUUGCCUCAGCGAUUUUCGCCAAUUUGGUCACCAAAGAAAAAUACAAAUCUGAAUUGGAACAAAUCUUUCCAGCGAUGGCUGGCGCACCAGAGAAUAGCAGUUCAACAAUUAUACUUGGCGGCUACGAACGUACAGCCUCUGCUCAAGCAGGCUAUCAACUUUGCGGCAUUGCAGUCACUUUGCUAGUGGCUAUUGUUGGCGGCAUUUUGACGGGUGUUGUACUCAAAUAUACAGGCAUGCGUAAAUUGCAAAAGCACGAGCAUCAUCAGGAUGAGUUGCAUUGGGAGGUGCCAGAGCACAAGGAUGACUAGUAAAGUCGAAACAAUGUUCAAAAAUAUUACACUUUCCCAUGUUUUAAGUGAAUAUAUUUUCGUGCACUCUAACUUUAGAAGUAUAGUUUUUAAAAUGCUAGUUGUAGAAGCCAAAAAAACGCGCAAAGUUUUUGUAGUGUCCAAAGAAAUUGUAUUUGUGAUUAUUGAAUUACAAUUAAUUUGAAUUAUU